UGAGGGAGCCGCCGCCGCUCACCUGCACAGGGCGGCCGCUCGCCUCGGCCUCCGCACCCCCGCCGCCGCCGCCGCCAUGCAGGAGACCAACGCGUUCCUGCUCUCGGCCCUGCAGCCCGAGGCCGGGGUGUGCUCGCUGGCGCUGCCGUCGGACCGGCAGCUGGACGGCAGGAGCCGGGAGACGGCCGAGGCCCAGCGGCUGCGCAGCGCCCGCGUGCAGGAGCAGGUCCGCAUCCGCAUGAUGCUGAGGGGCCCCGCGCCCGACCACGGCGACGGCACCAGAGGCAGUCAGUAUGGCACAGCCCUGCGCUCCUCCUUCAGCUCCCGCUCGCAGAGCAAUGGUGUGGACCCCAAAGCCUCGCUCUAUCAGCCGCUGACCAAGAAGGACUUCGGCACGCUGAAGGGCAGCGCCUGGUCCUCGCGCUCGGCCGUGGACCUCACCCCGCACAAGCGGAUGGCGACCGUCAGCAACGGGGGCCUGGCCAAGGGCCGCGGCUACGGCUACGCCAUGUCCCAGGCGGGCACCGGCUCCCCGCGGCCCAGCUCCUUCCACGAGCGCAGCUACCGCGCACGGCAGAACCUGGACACGCUGUCCCUGCGCUCGCUGCGCCUGGCCGAGGGGCCGCUGCCGCCCCACGCCGUGGCUGACGACCGCUACAGCGUCCUCUCGGAGCAGCUGGACUCCGUGGGCCACCGCCCGCUGUACCGGGGCCAGGGCAGCGGCGGCUUCAGCCGCUCCUACACCUUCGAGCGGCAGCUGAGCGGCGGCUCCACCGCCAAGGCGGCCUCGGAGUGGCUGGAGGGCAGCGAGGUGCCGCAGAGCCGCACCAUCCGCGCCCCCGCCAUGCGCACGCUGCAGCGCUUCCAGAGCAACAACCGCUCCCGGCUCAGCACCGGCUCCUUCGGCAGCAUCCCCGCGGGCCCGCAGCCGGGGGGCGGCUCCUACCUGGGGCUGGUGGAGCACAGCUCCCGCGCCCCCUCCGUGCGCAGCCUGGCCGAGUCCAGCCACCACCUGCAGGAUCAGCGCGGGAUGGAGAUGUACAACGGGCACGGCACCCUGCUCAGCCACCAGUCGGGGGGGUUUGAUGACAUCGACCUGCCCUCGGCAGUGAAGUACCUGAUAGCCACGGACCCCAACCUGCAGGUGCUGGGCGCUGCCUACCUCCAGCACAAGUGCUACAGCGACAGCAACGCCAAGAAGCAGGCCCGCAGCCUCCAGGCCAUGCCCAAGCUGGUGAAGCUGUUCAACAGCCCCAACCAGGAGGUGCAGCGCCACGCCACGGGCGCCAUGCGCAACCUCAUCUACGACAACGCCGAGAACAAGCUGGCGCUGGUGGAGGAGAACGGCAUCUACGAGCUGAUGCGGACGCUGCGGGAGCCCGACGAUGAGCUGCGCAAGAACGUCACAGGGAUCCUCUGGAACCUCUCCUCCAGUGACAACCUGAAGGACCGCCUGGCCCGGGACACACUGGAGCAGCUCACGGACCUGGUGCUGGUCCCGCUCUCGGGGCUGGGGGGCUCGGGUGUCAUCCAGCAGAACCCCUCGGAGGCCGAGAUCUUCUACAACUCCACCGGCUUCCUCAGGAACCUCAGCUCUGCCAGCCAGCAGACCCGGCAGAAGAUGCGUGAGUGCCAUGGGCUGGUGGAUUCCAUGAUCCAUUACGUGAACAGCUCCCUGGAAGUGGGCAAGUCAGAGGACAAGAGCGUGGAGAACGCGGUCUGCGUCCUGCGCAACCUCUCCUACCGCCUGUACGACGAGAUGCCCCCGUCCUCGCUGCAGCGCCUGGAGGGCCACCGGCGGAACACCAGCAGCACGGUGACGGGGGAGCUGGUGGGCUGCUUCAGCCCCCAGAGCAAGAAGGCGCGAGAGCACUACCUGAAUGCGGACAUCGUCACCUUCACGGAGGUCUCCAAGGACCCCAAGGGCAUGGAGUGGCUCUGGAACCCGCAGAUCGUGGGCAUCUACAACCGGCUGCUGCAGCGCUGCGAGCUCAACAAGCACACCACGGAGGCGGCCUCGGGCGCGCUGCAGAACAUCACCGCUGGGGACCGCAGGUGGGCGGGCGUGCUGAGCCGCCUGGCCCUGGAGCAGGAGCGCAUCCUGAACCCGGUCCUGGACCGCGUCCGCACCGCCGACCACCACCAGCUGCGCUCCCUGACCGGGCUCAUCCGCAACCUGUCCCGCCACGCCCGCAACAAGGACGAGAUGUCCACCAAGGUGGUCAGCCACUUGAUCGAGAAGCUGCCGGGCAGCGUCGGGGACAAGGCUCCUCCGGCCGAUGUCAUCGUGAACAUCAUCGCCGUGCUCAACAACCUGGUGGUGGAGAGCCCCAUGGCCGCCCGCGACAUCGUCUACUUCGAUGGCCUCAGGAAGCUCUUCUACAUCAAGAAGAGAAGGGACAGCUCGGACAACGAGAAGUCCUCCCGAGCAGCAGCCAGCCUCCUGGGCAACAUGUGGCAAUACAACAAGCUCCACCGGGACUUCAAGAUGAAGGGGUACCGGAAGGAGGACUUCCUCGGCCUGUGAGGACACCGGGACCGCGCUGCCCUCGGCUGCCUCCUCGGCUGCUCCCCACCGGACCCCGCUCCAUAGCGUAGACCCCACCGCAUCCCCCGUGCCCGCACCGGGUCCCUUCCCCGCAUGGGGACGUUCGUCCUCGCUCCUGCCCAGCCCUAACCCCAGCCCCUGCUUUGGGCCCUGCUGCGGGGCCCCGCUGGGAGCACAGUUAGCGAGGGGCUGCCCCAUGGCUCCCAGGGCUGCUCAGACCUGGGGUCCCUACAGGCUCCGGGGGGGGGCUGGCUGCACAGCAGAGCUUGGCUCAUGGCUCAGUGGGAGCUGGAGGCUUUGGGGAGCUCCUGCAGGGAGGUGGGGAGGGGGCUUUCAGGACCUUCCAUUCCCAAGUCACCGUGCUGCAGGGGCUGCUGUGGGGCGCGCUAUG